CUCUUCCCAGCUUCUCCUUGGUGGUGAACUGAGCUUGCUCCCCGCCGGCACCAUGUCUCUCUACAAGCAGGGCUGCGACUACCGCCCCUACCCACCGUGCUACGUGAGGUGCCCCCCGCCCUGCGCCGAAGCCUGGAACCAGCCCUGCGUCACCUCCUGCGGGGACUCCCGCGCCGUGGUCUACCCGCCGCCCGUGGCCAUCACCUUCCCAGGCCCCAUCCUCAGCUCCUGCCCCCAGGAGAGCUACGUGGGCACCUCGGAACCCCUGUGGCUGGGUGGCCUCUUUGGCCAGGGCAACUACCUGGGUGCUGGCAGCUCCUCUGGGUCCAGCGGCUCCCUGGGCAGCAGCUACUCCUACCCUUGCUACUCCCGCAGGUCCACGAGCUACCGCUGCGGGCCCUGCUAAGCCCCGCACGACCACCGUGGCGAGCAGGACCCAGCGGGCACCAGAGCAAAAUCCUCAGCAGUGACUGAGCAGAAGAGCAUGGCUUUCGGAGGUGCAGUGCACUGGGCUCCCGCCGGAGCCCUGAAGAGCUGGGAGCACUUGGCCAUCCUGAGAAACAAGCCCAGAAAUAUUCCCUCCCUGUUGGAUUAGGUAUCUGCUGAUGACAUCCCAACAUGAUGUGUUGAUAGGACGUACACUUGAGCAUACAAAAGGCCUUAAACUAAGUGGUUUAUGGAAGACUAACAUCAGUGAAGAUCAGACCUGGUUUAUUCUAACCUUUCUAAAUAUAUGGACCACUGUUUUAUGGCUUUCGAGGUAUAAUGAAAACACUUCUCAAAGCUCACAUUUGAUCCUGGGAUCAAGCCUAUUUCACAGUCUGGGAUUUAAAAAAAAUGACAACCAGUCUCAACUGUCAGAUGCUAUAGAUCCAACAAAGACAGAAGACCAUCUCAAACUGCACCCCCUGAAGAAGACAACAUCCAUCCCCAGCAAAUGUUUCCUGCACUCUCUGUAUCACUAUGUUCUGCUGCUGUGAAGUCCUUGUUGUAUUCCAAUUAAAAUUUAUAUUGCAUCACAA